AUGAAAAGCGAAGAUUUACAGAAACUGGUACUUUUGAAACAUCAAAAUGGUGAUAAUCCAACGAAGGUUUUUCGUGAUUUGAAUGGAGUAAUCGGUUUAAGAACGAUCACAAGAUGGUACAAGAUGAUCAAUGAAACUGGUUCUAUCAAUUUAUCAGUAUCGUCAGGUCAUCCACGUACAGCUCGAACUAAUGCCAACAUCAAGAAGGUCAAGCAAAAGCUACAACGAAAAAAGGUAUCGACUAGAGGACUUGCACUUGAUCUGGGUAUAUCUCACGAAAGUGCUCGCAGAAUUCUUCGGGAUGAUCUUGGCUGUCGACCUUAUAAACAUGUGAUCGAACCAGCACUUACCGAGGAACAUAAAGAAAAAAGAAAAAAGUUUGCUAACUGGAUACGAACAAACUUUCGAAAGCAGGAAACAUUGAAAAUUUUGUUUUCUGACGAAAAGAUGUUCGACAUUGAUGGUGUUUACAAUACCCAGAAUGACCGUAUUUGGGCUGUAAAUCGUGAUGAAGCUAAUCAGAAAGGUGGUGUUCAUCAGAAAAAAAAAUUUCCUGAGAAAGUCAUGGUUUGGCUUGGUGUUUGUUCAAAAGGUGUAUCUCCAUUGGUGAUAUUUGAACAAGGUACAGUCGACCAUGAUCGAUACAUUAAAGAGGUGCUUCCUGUGGCACUUAAAUAUGGCAAUCACGUCUUUGGAAACGACUGGGCAUUCCAACAAAAUGGGGCUAGACCCCAUACUCAUCGUUUAACACAACAAUGGUGCCAUGACAAUUUUCCAGCAUUUAUCGAUAAAGACCAUUGGCCACCUAAUAGUCCUGAUCUCAACCCAUUGGAUUAUUGUAUAUGGGAUGAAUUUGUGAAGACCAUCAACUGGAAUAAAGUGACAUCUAAAGCAACAAUGAUCCAAGAAUUAAAAAAAGCUGUGAAAAAAAUUCGAAAAAAUGUUGUGUUUGAAAGUUGUGCUUCUUGGACGAAACGAUUGUAUCGCAUGUCACAAAAUAAUGGAGAUUAUUUAAGAUAA